AUGGAUCCGAUGUCGAACGCGCCCGCGGGCGCGCCGACAUCCAUGGACGGGUGGGGAAGCAUCGUCGCCGCGGCGUCGCCGCCUGCGAAGCGCGAGCGCGACGACGACGCGGCGGAUCCGAACCGCGACGACGCUCGCGACGGUGACGACGAGGCGAGGCCCGAACGCGAGGCGAGCGUUCGCGCGCCCGCCGCGGACGCGCCCGCGGCGAAGAAACCCAAACCGGACGCGACCGACGCCCCGCCCGACGUCCCGAUGGACGACGACGACGAGGCCGGGGACGUGAAGCUCUUCGCCGCGCGCCUUCGACCGGGGACGCUGAAGCACACGUGCUUCGUGCUCCUGCAGCGCGCGCUGGGGGAGGGACUCGAGACGAACGAGAUUCUCGAGAAGGCGACGGCGGAGGAUCUGUACGUCGGGAAGAACCGGAACGUCCUCACGACGACGCUGUCGCACGAGCCGUGGUUCGUGCACCGACCGGACGACAAGACGAGGUGGUGCCUGCGAUCGUUCGUGGAAGGGGGGCCGGAGGCGGCGGCGGCGGCGACGGCGGCGGUGGCUGGCUCGGACCCGAACGCGCCGAAGCGAAAACCGCCGGCGCCAAAGCCGCCGAAGGAUCCCGCGGAGGUGGAGGCGCGCGCGCAGGCGAAAGUCGCGGCCGCCGCGGCGAAGGCGAAAGCGGUGACGGAGAAGGCGCAGUUGAGAUCGCUCGAGCUCGCGGAGAAGGCGCAGCUCAAGGCUGAGAGCCAGCUGGCGUUGUCGCUGACGAAGGGCACCGCGGAGAAGAUAAAACGCGCGCAAAAGGCUGUGGAGCAGGAGGAGGCGAAACUGGAGAAGAUGCGCGCCGCGAGAGACGCCGCGGAGGCCAAGGCGGUCAAAGCUGGCGUAUCUCCCAGCGAUUUCGAGAAGAUGAUCGCCGCGGAGAUGAAGAAGGCGAGCGGGAAGGGCGGCAAGGGAAAGGGCGGCGGCGGCGGCGGCGGCGGCACGCCGACGAAAGGGAAGCCUGGUCCGGGGCAAGGCGGCCCGGGGAAGUCCGCGGCGGAGAUCCUGAGGGAGCCGAACGCGCCCACCGGGGAGCUCCCGCCGCGACUGCAAGUCUUCAACGGCGAUUCCUCGGACCGGCACGCGCUGAUGAAGUGGAAGAAGGAGGUUGAAAAGUUCAAAGACGGCGUCGACCGCGCGAAGGACGCGUACGUCGCGAAACGACGCAAGGCGCUCAAAGCUGAGGCCGCGAAGGAAGGCGCCGCGACCGCGAAGCUCGUCGCGGACGCCGUGAAGCACUUCAACGCGUUCAACGACGCUGAGGCGGGGCUGUUACGCGCGAAGAAAAUCUUGCUCGAGACGAACGAACGCGGGGUCGAGCUCGAGAUGAUUUUGAAGGAGAGAGCCGAGCUCGGGAAGGGGGCGCAGACCCCGGAGAGCGCGCGCAGGAUGGCGGAGAUCGACAUCAAGCUCGCGCUCAUCGACGGGAAGAAGGUCACGGAGUUUAAAGCGCAGGGGGAGAAGGAAAUCGCGAAAGAGAAGGCGAAGAUCGAACGACUCGCGAAGAUGCAAGCGGAGAAAGCGGAACGCGACCGGAUCAAAGAAGAAGAGAAAGCGCAGCGCGCCGCGGCGAGGGAAGCGGAGCGCUUAGAGCGCGAGAAGAAGAAAGAGGACGAGCGCCUCGCGAAGGAGCGCGCGAUGAAGUAUCCGAUCGACGAUGACCUCCUGAGAGCGGAGUUCGAGGAAGAGGCUGCGAAGAAGAACGUCUCCGUGGACGAGCUGUACCCGCCGCUGCCGACGCCGAAGCCCGUGGAGCACGGCGUGGAAAUGGCGGACGAGGCCGCGCUGACGGAUUUCCUGCACGUCUUCGGCGAGACCCUGGGCGCGCCCUUGCGAGGCGGAGACUCGCACAAGGACCGCGUCACGGUGAAGAAGGUGAAAGACCUGAUCGUCGCGUGCGGGGAGGACCUCGAGAGUCUGUACAACGUCCUCCUCGACGGCGCGAUGGAGAUCGCGGUGAUCGGGAAAGGACGCAACGCCGCGAAGUGGCGACGCGUUCUCGGGGACGCGACGUGGCCGGAGGUUGUGCGAAGAGUCUUGGAGAAGAAGCACGCGGGCGGGCACGGGGUCGCGGCUCUCGGGAAAAAGGCGUGGGCGAACCUGAGCGUGCACGAGCACGUGCUCGCGCUCCGCGGGCUGUCCGACCUCGCGCUCGGAAGCGAGGCCGUCCGGAGCAUCAUCGACUGGAGGCUCGAAGAGGCUGCGAAGUUACGGACCGCGCGGAUCGAGGAGCGCAACGCGGACGCGGCGCGAAGGCGCGCGAUUGAGAACAAAGCGAAGGAGAAGCGCAUCGCGAUCAGGGAGAAAGCCGCGGCGAAACGCAAAGCGGAGCGCGAGGCGAAGCGCCUCGCGCGCGAAGCCGCGCUCGCGGCGGGGAAGGAAGUCGAUCCCGAGGAAGAGGAAGAUGAAGAUGAAGAGAACAACGACGACGACGACGACGGCGACGUGGACAUGGCGGACGCGGACGACGACGACGUCAAGCAGGAGGAGCCCGAGGUCAAGGAAGAAAAGCCAAAGCCGAAGCUGACGUUCGUGAUCAAGAAGCAAGAGCCGAGGGCGCCGUCCCCGGAGCCGUGCUUCGACCUCCCAAAACAUUUAAUCGAGUACGAAGGGCACCCGGACGACCGCAAGGCGCUCAUGGCGUGGCGCGCGGAGCAUAACCGCGUCGCCGAGAAGCUCGCAAACGAUAGGCGCGAGUACGAGAAACGGAAACGCUCCGAGCUGAGGAAGGAACAGGAGAAGGAGCGCAUGGAGCGGCAGAGGAUCGAAGACGAGGAAGCGGCGAAGAUCGCCGAGGAGGAGGCGAAAGAGAAGGCGAAAGAACGCGAGCUACGGAAGAAGGAGACGACGCGCAUGGCGGAAGACGCCGCCGUCGCCGUGAGAGUCCACAAGCUCGGCGUGGACCGCGACCAUCGCUCGUACUGGUGGGGCAUCGGCGGCUCGAAAGCCGCGGUGUACGUCGAGGAUAUCCAAGGGCACUGGUUCGUCCUCGACACGCGCGAUGAGAUCGACGACCUCGUCGAAGCGCUUCACUCGUGGGGCACGAAGGAGAAGAAGCUCAAGGCGGAGCUCGCGCGACGGUCGCACACGAUUGCGGCGGAGUUCAGGAAGCAAGCGCGAGAGAGAGAAGACGCGGAGGCGGACUCCGCCCGCCGCGCCGCGAGCGGGUAUUCCCAGCGCGAGCGCGGUAAGGAAGUCAUCUCGCCGCCGCCCGGAAGAGGCCCGAACGCGUCGUUCGACGAGGCUGUUCCCGUCGCGACGGCGAAGCGGACGAUGGAGGUGCUCUGCGGCGCCGCGGAGGAGGCGGCGAUCGCGCGCGAGCCCGAGCUCGAGACCAAGCUCAGGGAGGACUGGCGCGCGUUCAAGACCCGAGUGCGGACGACGUACGACAAAGAUCUCGUCGCCGGGCUGCUGUUGCAGCUCGAGGAGAACUUGUACGCGAUCCAAAAAGCGGAGUUCAUGAAGAAGGAGGAGAGGGAAGCGCGCGAGGAAGCGAAAGCGAACGGGGAGACGUACGAGAGCGAAUCCAGCGACGGCGAGGAUUUCUACGACGACGACGACGAGUUCUGGGGGAACGAGGAAGCGCACGAGACGAACGAGGAUCUGAUCGCGCGCACGGGGCUGAUUUACCCCAUCUGGCGGUCCAAGGCCGAGCGCGCGAAGUGGCGCGAGGACGCGCACGAGUUCCAGACCGGCGCCGCGGUCGCCUUCGCGGCCGCCGUGCUCGACGACACCGCGGGGGCGUUUCUCCGCGCCGUCGUAGCGGCGAAGACGAACCCCUGA